GUUCAGUGAAAUCACAAGAAUGUCGAUAAUGCGACCCGUACCAGAGCUUUCGCAACCCUUCUUCCCUCGUUCACCCCUCAAUCUAGGGUUUGGUUUUCCCCGCCGUAAUUGGUAUUCCUCGCCCUCUCUUCGAUCCUGGAAAUCAGAAUCCUGCAGCCGGUGUUCUUCAAUACCAUAAGCACGACGCCGUUGGGUCUGGGUUAGGGCUUCGGUUAAUUUAUCUCCUCGAGGCAAAAUGCAAAGUUCCCGCAGAUCCGUCAUGGACCGCUCCCGUGAACUGAGCUUGAAGCGGCCUAGAUUGGCGGCGGAGGAAGCAGGGGUACGGGAUCGUAUCGCCCUCAACCGUGAUAGGUCGCUUCCUCCUUCCAGAGCCAACUGCCAGCCAUGGCCACCGAGGGAGCCUCGGCCCAGCGAACGGGAAGAGAAGGACGACACCGCCAGAGGAGGGUCGCAUCAAGAGCUUGUAGUGCAGUACAAAGCAGCUCUUGCCGAGCUAACAUUUAAUUCCAAACCUAUUAUCACUAAUCUUACUAUUAUUGCGGGGGAGAGUCUCCAUGCUGCAAAGGAAAUUGCAGCUGUCAUCUGUACCAAUGUCGUCGAGGUGACCUGACGUGCCUGGGCCUGUAUACAACACAAAUUUUGAUCUUUACUGCAAGAUCGAUGAAACUCAUAUAAUUUUUAUUCUUUUUCUAGUGAAGCAGAAUCACCAUAAGCUAAUUUGUCUUCCGUUAAAAUAGAGUCGACAAGAUAUUUUUAGCUGUUGAUAAUUAAUUCCGCCAGAGGAUGCAUACUUUCUAUUUAAUUUAAAUUAUAGACUGCUUCUCGUCUGCUAGUAUUGUUGUUGUUGAUGCAUUUGAUUGCUGGAAUUCAGGUUAUGAUAACAGUUUUCUGUUGAAUAUCUGGUUUGUCUAAUGAAUUUGUAUGCGUUGAGCAUAAAAACUCUGUUCAGGCCUUGCUGAUGCUGGUUGUUAGAUAUCAGUCGUCAGUAUAUUUUAGCUAAUCUUACCAACAUCAGGCUUCUGCAUAAUUCUCAGCCACGGUCUAAGUUUUUUCCCUUCAUUUAUGCUAUGUGCAUUUCUGAUACAGAUUCAAGAUAACAAUGUUGCUGAUUUGUAUAUGUAACUUUGGGUUAAGAGCUACUAAAGAAUAGUUUUGGCAGACCCGGUUAAGAAAAAUCAGAGUACAUGCAUAUCAUUCUCAAACAGUCUUCUCCAACUUGUAUAUCUGUCGGUAGUUGCAAUUUGUUAAAUUGUUUGCACAUGGAUUUGCACCAUGGGUGUCAAGGUACCCAAUGAACAAAAGUUGCCAUCCCUUUAUCUUUUAGACAGUAUUGUGAAGAAUAUUGGAAGAGAUUACAUCAAAUAUUUUGCUGCAAGGCUUCCUGAGGUAUUCUGCAAGGCCUAUAAGCAGGUUGAUUCUUCUAUUCAUCCCAGUAUGAGACAUCUGUUUGGGACAUGGAAAGGAGUCUUCCCUUCUUCUCCACUUCAGGUCAUUGAUAAAGAACUUGGCUUCUCGCCUGUUAUUAAUGGUUCUUCUGGAUCUGCAUCAUCAAAAUUCGAUUCCCAAUUCCAACGUCCAGCACAUAGCAUUCAUGUGAAUCUAAAAUAUUUAGAAGCAAGGCAGAAACUUCAACAAUCAUCUAGGACAAAGGACGUUAACAAUGAUGAACUCAGUGGUAUGCCUACUACCUCUGGUGACGCAGACAUAUCUGACAAAAUCCCUGCAGUGGGUAAUUCUAGGCAAUGGACAAGCCUUCCUAGUAAAGGGCCUAGUAUGCAACGUUCUCAACAGGAAAAAGUCAACAGUGUUGAUCAUGAAACCAAAGUACUUAAACAAAUUAGAACUUAUGAAUAUUCUUCUGAUUUUCCUGAAGAACCUGACCUUAGCAUUGUAAGAGUUAGUGACAGGCUUAAUAACCAAGAUGGACAUGACAGAUUGUUUUAUGGUGCUGGUAUUGCUGCUACAGAGGCACAACAUACUAGGAGGAAUCAAUUUGAUAUUAAACAGCCUUAUGCUGUUGGUCCUAUGUCUGUAUGUAAACAAGCUAGUAAUCGUUCAAAUUCACUUAACUCAGGUGAUAUUGAAAGAAAGAAGUUGGAAGCAAUUGGGUGCUGGAAGAAUUCUAAGGAGGAAGAGUUCAUAUGGGACGAUAUAAAAACUAAAACAACAGAUCUUGGUGGUCCCGAUAGUUCAAGAAAGGGUGUGUGGACUGGUAAUGAAACUAAGAAGUCAAUGAGUUUGCAAAGAGACAAGUGGAUGUCUCCGGAGACAGAACGUGUAGAUUCUAACUUGAACAAAAUGAAUGCCUUAGCUCAGUACAACACUACUAAAGAAGAUGUGCUGCUACCUUAUAUGGAAUCAGUAAAGCACAUUCGUCCAUCAGGUGCUCAGCAUGAAAUUGAUCCAGGAUCAACUGUGGACGCUUCAGGUUCAUUAUUACAGAAAAGAACUUCACCACAACAUUCCUCAUCCUUAUGGGUCCACCGUGGGAUUCCACCAGCAGAAGUUGGGUUAAAUUACAACAGAUCAAAAGGUGAUCAAGUGGAGGGACACUCAGGCUCAGAUUUGCCCCUGCAUGGGGUGCACCCUUUGGUUCUAUCUUCGAGUUUAGACCCUCAUGCUAAUCUUCCAGCUUCUUUUGGAAAGCAAAGGCAUCAAUCUUCUGAACAUCCAUCACCAUCUUCUCAUUUAUCUCUAUCUUCAGAACCCAUUCAACAAUUGAAGCCUCACAAUGCAGUUGAUCAAAAUCAUCUACAGGCUCUUCCAUUCUCUCAAAUUAGCGAAAAGUCUUUACAUAUGAAGGGGAGAAUAAAUAAAACACAUGUGCCAGGUUCUUUAAAUGCCUUAUCUAAAAGUUAUGCUCAAUCGUUUGAUAAUUUAUCUAAUUCAGCACGAUCUCUGUCAGAAACUUCUCAGCAGCUGGAAGGCUUACUUGAUUCCGCUACUUCUGCAUCCUUUAAUCAGCUGAAGGAUACACAUUGUGUCUUAGAGCAAUUACAGCAUAAUCUAUCCAACCAGCAGCCAGAAGCUCAGCCUCUGAGCAAACUACAGUCUCAACCUUCUCAUCAGACAGAGAAAUUGCCACUUCUUUCUGUGGGUCAAGAAAUAGCUCAUAAUGGAAGAGAGACUCGUUUAAACCAUUCAAAUACUUCUACUGGGGGAGUCAUAACACAAUCUAAUGCUAGUAGUCUGUUGGCUGCUGUUAUGAAUAGUGGCCUACUUUCCAAUAAUUCUCUUACCACCUUCCCGAAGCUAAAUGUACAGCCCCCUUUGCCAAUUGGCCCUCCACCUAUCCAAACUUCAACAUUAGCUGCCUCUAUGAACAAUUCCUUAUCAUCCUCUCCUAUUGAUAAUCUAUCAUAUCUAAACCCAUCCUAUUUUAGAGAAACAAUGCCUCCUUUACCACCUGGGCCUCCACCUUCAUCAUCCUUGGUUGGCAUUAACUCGGAGAACCCUGAGACAACUGGAGCCAAUUUAAACCCUCUUUCAAGUCUCUUGAGUUCAUUAGUUGCAAAAGGUUUAAUAUCUUCAAGAUCAACUGAGCUACCUACUGUCUCUGCAGCUGAGCUUCCUGACAUGGUGGGUCAUCAGUUUGUUGGCUCUGCUAAAACUAGUACGGGGCAAAUAACUUCAAGUACCUCAGUUGCUCCCAGCAUUUUAUCACAAUCCAAUGUAACUAAUGAGAAUGAACUUAUUGGCAUUGAGUUCAAACAAAAAAUCUUACAUCAAUCUUAUCCUUCAGUUAUCAGAAGCCUUUUUGAUGAUCUAAAGCAUCAGUGCCGCAUCUGUGGGGUAAGAUUUAGAUUUGAAAGGCAAUUUCAAUCCCAUCUUGAUUGCCAUGUCUCAAAGGAGUCUGAAAGUAGUAAUUUAAGACAAAAGUGUAGAAAAUGGUAUUUUGAUUUGAACUCCAGUCAUACUGCAGUUCUACAAUCUGAUGCAUCAGCUUUACGGGAGGAAAUGGAUCCGUUCGAAGAGAAUUCUGGUCCAAUGGUUCCUGCAGAUGAGAGUCAAAGCAUAUGUGGUUUAUGUGGGGAACCAUUUGAAGAUUUGUACUCUGAAGUACGUGAUGAAUGGAUGUACAAAGGGACAGUAUAUUUAGAUCUACCCUACAUGCAAGAUGAUGCAAGUAUAGUUUCUAACACAUGUGACAAACUUAUUGUGCAUGCCCACUGUACCACACAGGUUUUGCGACAACAUGGAUGUCACUGAACAUGAUAAAGUGGAUUGACUAUAAUAACCAAUUGAUCUAAUUUGAAGUGAGAUUAUCAUGCUUGAUCUGCAUCAGGCAAUGAACUACAGUGGACCGACUGCGUGCUGCGUGCUGCGUGCUGCGUACUGCGUGCUGCGUGGAUCAUCUUACUUGUCAUGCCUUGUAUCUCGUUUAUUAUCUCUCACACUUCUGGGUCAGAUGCAGAGUUCACAAAGGUGUACUAGCUUUGCAUCAUUUCUAGCUAGACACUAAAAGCAAAAUGGCUCAGUAUGGUUUCAGUCCGAGCAUCAGCAGUGAACAAUUGUGAGCACUUGUACAGGUUCAUUAUUUUGACAGGUUCAUUUUCUUUUGGUGCUACAACAUAUUCAUCUGCUGAGAUUGUACUCGCACUUUUUGUGCUGGUGUUUCAGAACUUCUAAAUCAUGUUGCUUCUACUCUUGAAAUGUUAAUCACUCUUUGUAUGGAAGCAUUAUAUUCACCACUGCUCGUCUCAGGUUUCCUUGUUGGCGGACAACAUGGUUACAUUUGGUCCAAAAACAUCAAAUUCAGUGAAUUUUAAUAGCAAUCUGUUUGAUUGUUAAACAUGUUGGACGGAACACCAGCUCUCCUUGUUUGUGCAUUAUGAGAUCAAGUGUGGACUACUGAUAUUCUUUGGAAAUUAGCAUUUUAUUUGAACAUUUGGAGUUUUAAGUUUGUUAGCUAUAUAAACUGAGACGAAUAUUUUCCUCGCCAAGAUGGAACAAAAAAAAUGUUUGCUUU